AAAAAACCUCUUCCUUUUGAAACCCUUGGUAAUAUUAGUUAUUCUGUGAAAGAAAGGUCAUGUUUUAUGUACCGAAUGGUACCCCAAGUGCCGGAAGCAGUGACAGUGGGGAUGGCGGACUUCCGAGCACUUCCAAAAACCUCGCUGGAUUGUUGGACGAACAACGAAAAAAAGGCAUCGGUGCUGCUGUACUCACCAUUACAGGUAAAAUAGCCAAAUUCCUACCAUGAACUUGUUUUUCGAACAAUAGAGACGAGCAAAAAAUAGCUUAUUGCGAGUUCUAUUGUCGUUUUAUGCCCGCUUCUUUUUGGUCUUAAGAACAUACAUGUACAAUAACCAAAACUGUAAGCUUAUUUAUGUAACCUUAAUGAGUUUUAAUUAAAUGUCUCUUUCGCUUUGCUGAAUUCGUGGCGAAAUUCCAGCUGAGAACUGUUGUUCUAACGUUUACAGUUCUGGUUGUUAUCUUAAAAUUACCAUAAUGCGGAAUGGAACGUUCCAUCUUUUGAAGGUGGUUUUGUCAAUAUAACUUGAAUUGAAAAAUGGCUUUUGCCUUUCUGAUAGCAACCGCCUCUGUUUUGGUUAUAAAUUGGAAAAACGUAAGCUAUAAUAAUACUGUGCGAACAUGAUGUAACUUUAAAGGUUAAAUUUGCAUAGAAGCUCAUUUGUCUUUAAAAAUAUUUCAAAAAAUAAUUGUUCCAUAACAAUUAACAUUGCAUAAAUGAGCCAAAUAUUGUCUUACCAAGAAGUUAUAAAUAAAUUACGUUGAAAGAGCACAAUAUGGGUGACCAUGUGCUUCUUACAAAUUAUACAGGCCUCAGUUGCUCAAAGGUUGGUUAACACUAUCCUCCGGAUAAAUUUCCAUUCAGUGGAUAAUGCAAUAAGGUUUUCCUAAUACUUAUCCCCCGGAUAGUGAUCCAGUGGAUCGUGCUAUCCAAAGUCUAGGUCUAUUAUAAGCUGGAAGUCCCGUGUCAAUACUCGAGCCAUUUGUAUAAAGGUCAUCACUUGAAAGUAUGACAUUGCGUGACCAUUCAGCUAAUGAUGAGGGUAAGACUUGUUUUCAAGGCUUUUUUUUGUGGGAUAGAUAUUUUGUGCAAAUUCUUUUUAGCUAGAGUUUGUUUACAGCCCUUUUGGAGAUGGAGAAAAGUGUAAAAAAUAUUAUUUUUGCGGGGAAAAAAUACAUGUAGUAAGAUUUACAGGUAUGUUCUAGGAACUUUUUUAGGUGAUGCUAUUAGCUUGAAGGUCUUCUUUUAGUUUAAGGACUUUGCUUCAAAUAUAUUUGAAAUGGUUUUUCUUUGUAACAGUUGUUGAGGGGAGAAAUCUUCCUGUAAUGGACCCUACCGGCAAAUCAGAUCCAUACUGUAUUGUUAUUGUUGGUAAUCAAGAGCAGCGGACAUCUGUACAGUACAGCACAGUCAACCCAACUUGGCAUGAGACAUUACAGUUUGACAUAAGUGGUGUACCACAGCUGAUGCAGAAUGAACCAGGUGAGAAGAUGACUCUGAUUUACCUACAGCUGUAUAAUCCAUUCAGCCAUGAAUUUUGAGGAAAUAAAUUGAUAGCUUUAAAAAAUUUGAGUUGUACACACCAACAAAAUACUCCUGCAUGUUGCAUUUUGUGAUGUCACACAGGGCUGUCAUUAAGUUUUUAAGCAGCUGUAGCAAAUGAAAUUUUUUCAAAAUUGAUUGAUUACCCGACUUUAAACAUAUGUCACAGGUCAAAUUUGAUUUCUGGUUAAGAUUUUUUAACCUUAGUUGAUUCUCGAUUUCUUUUGUCUUCUGGGGCUAGGAGAAUCAAGAGUCAGUCUAGGUUAAAUCAAAAUUAACCUGAAAUCAAAUUUAACCAGUAACAUACACUUAAUUUAUGGCUCUUAUAUGUGACUUUACCUUCAUACAUUGCUAAAUAAAUACAAUACAAAAACUUUGCACUACCGAUAAUCCGCAAUGGCGACACUCUAGCAAAUGAAGACUCACCUGUAAAAUCUCACUAAAAAAUUAUAGUGUCACCUGUAACUUUUCACUUUGACCACUAAGAGCUCAGCUGAAACAGGUGUUAUGGGUUACUGCCCUUCAAGACAGCUCUGUCACAAGCAUGGGACGGAGAAUAAUCUGAGUCGCACAUUUGGAACAUUAGAAAUAAAACAACUUUCUAAUGUUUGGAAUGAUGGGUGUGUUCCUUUGGGAUGAUCCGGAUCACGAUCAGCGAUUCGAGAUCACUUGGAUCAUGGUAGAUCAAAUGAACCAAUGAAUCCUUGUCCAGAGUGGAUUCAUCAGUUCAUUUGAUCUACCAUGAUCGGAGUGAUUUCGGAUCACUGAUCCUGAUCAGAAUCAUCUCAAAGGAAUGCACCUAAUAUGUAAUGUUAGGGCUCUUUCCAAAAGUCAGAACUUGCAAGCCGGACCAUGACCAGACCGGUCAGUUUGACAAUUAAAUAGACUUGUUCCAAAACACUUUGUUGAAAAACCAUGCCCUUCAAGCAACUAUUUAGGAUUUGACUGAUCUGGCUGGAUAAGUUUUGAUCAAAAGUGAAAUUCUUAUUACGACAAGAAUGAUUUAGCCGGCAGUUCUGGUAAAUGGAAAGCGCCCUUGGUAUAUUACUCGAUAACAUUAUUUAGACUUCUCCAUUGAUUUUUAGUUGAGAAUGCACUCUUUUGCUGCCUCCAACACUACAUACAGAUUGAUCUGUGGGAUUAUGAUACUCUCAACCGUGAUGAUUUCAUGGGGCGAAUUCAAAUUCCACUAGCAUUCUUAACAGAAGACACAACAGCUUGUUGGUAUCCUCUAGGAAGAAGCUCCGCUAAAGACAAUAUCUGUGGUGAAGUUUUCCUAGAGUUGACUUUGAAAGCUUCUCAGGUAUGAAUUAACAUUCUUUGAGAAGUGAUGGAUACAGUUACACUGAAAAUGAUAUUGAUGCUGAUAAGGAUAACGAUAACGGUUGGUCAAUGGACAAUGUCUGGCUAAGAUGACCAUUUGUCUGGACAAACUUUUGUUUUGUGGUCAUUUUGACCAGAGAUUGUUAAUAAGUGACCAGAAAAAAAUUUCACAUCAUUACAUUUCAAGUGGACAAGCAUCUUUUUUAACUCGUGAAUGCCCAAAGGGCAUUUCACUAAGUUAUCACUGUGGGGUUGAGAUAAGUAUGCAAAUGAAUCACUCACUCAAGGUGGAUCAUCUUCAUUUCGAGAGACUUUGCUGCCUAAUAUGAAAACAACAUAUCGUUGUUGUUGCUGAAGUGUACUUUGGGCAACUUAAGUGUGCAUUUACUCACGCCACCUCAUGAGAGAACACUGGGAAUAGUGUUGUCACGCAUCACAUUUGCUACGGAAACAUCAACAGUACUCGCUGUUGAGUUUAUCAGUUCAGAUGGUCAUGUACAGCCAUGCAGUAUAAACUUUACAUUGUAUGCUAUGAGUAUCUCGAUCAUAAGCACUGCUGGCACGGCUUAAAUUUCCAGUAACAUGACAAAGGAAAAAUGCUUUCGAUAAAUCGCACAAUUAAUGAGGCUUGUUAUUUAUUUUUGAGUACCCCAAUCACCGUGGUGUGUCUCUGGUGAGUAUUAUGGACUUAUAGUCUGUACCAAAAGGUCGUCUUCAAAGGCAUUUUAUGCCAAAAGUCCGGCUAAUUAUGCUAAGGGAAACGUAAGCUCAUGUUAAUUGAUAAUCUUUUAAUUUUGAAAAUGUGAUCUGCGUCUUCCAACACUUGUUUACUCAAACUCAGACUAGUCCAACAUAGUCUUCCAGUUUCAUUUAACCACCCAAAUUAUCAGUGGUCUUCAAAUGCAUUUGUAAAUACAUAUUUUUAUUAAUCUACAUGUACAGCUGAAAAUGUGAGUAAAAAAGUUUAACAAAAUUAUGUUAUUAUUAUUAAUUUUUUGUCUCUAGCCUAUUCCAAGAUGGUGUGUUGAUUUUGAGCUUUACUCUAUCUGUAAGAAGAAGACAGGAUAUGAGAUUCCUGUUGCAUUUGGAGAUGCUGUAGCUGAUUUUCCAGGUAAGGCUAGGAGGCUAUGCCAGGCAAGAUUUUUUGAAUCAAAAAUCACUCAACUCAGAUUUAUUACUUCUGUGAGUUAUUUGAGUGAAAAUUAGUCCCACCCUCAAGCAUCUACGCUGUAUUUAAUUUCACUGUUUAACAUUCACCGUCAUUUUUUGUUUGCUUCCCGAUGUCUAAGUACAUUCUCGUUCUGCAGGGUCCAGUUGUUGGAAGGCUGAUUAGCACUAACCCAGGGUUAAAUUUUCUCCCAAGUUUCUUUUUCUUUUGUUCAAAGACAUUUUCUCAGAUAGUUUUUUCUAUUCUUUCACAGUAUCCAAUCAUCAAAUUGUAAACAAAAAGAAUUAUGCUGAAUUUGCUUUUUUAACUUUUACUUCUGAAUUCAAAUGUCGCACUAACCCUGGGUUACCUUAACCCAGCUUUGAACAACACAGCCCAGGUGUGGAUAGUAGUAAAUUUCUGUAUUUCUUAGUAAAGUGAAAUAUUUAUUAUUUUUCCAGGUGAGGCAGAAAAAGUCGAAAUGGUUAUUGACGAUGUUGUCAUUGAAGUCAGUAAACACAGAGGCAUUGGAAGAAUGUAUCUCACAAAUUUUAGGUAAACUAAUGCUUUGCAGUGUUGAGAUUGCUCAGAAAUGAAAAUUGAUUAUGAGAUACUGAUUCAAUUAAAACCCAAUUUUGAUGUUAUAAUUUAUUUUUUCUGUAGGCUUGUGAUUCUUUGUCACCUGUCUGGUCUCACUGCAGCUGGGUAUACAUAUGUGAGUAUUGAAAUAGUUUCAGUUAUUUAUAAUAAUUAUUGUAAAUAUCUUAAAAAGAAGCAAUUUUUUUUUAAACUUUUGGCUGUAAAAAAAUUGUCAACAAAUUUUGCUUUUCCAUUAAUUACAUCUUCCUAAUCCUUCAGUUUAUAAGCGUAAGGUCUGUGGAACCAAAAUAGUCCAAAAAGUAGUUAUUCAUUGAUUUUUUGAAAAAGGUCAAUAAACUUUACGUAUCAAUCUGGCCACUUCAAGUAUAAUCAUGCUACUCCAGUGGGCCUUAAAGCACCUCAGUCAUGCUCUAUAACAUUGUUUAGAAUCAGAGUUUUAAAACAUGUGUCAUGAAUGUGGCAUACAGUGUAUAUGCCAUAGCAUCUAACAGAGUUUUUCUUGCAGGACAUGUCAAUGUCAGUAGCACUAAACAAUAUACAGUCAGUGGAUAGAGGAGAAGACGAGAAAGUACUGUAUCAAAUGAUUUUGUUCAUACCUGCACUUUUAAAGCGCUAGUGUCAGAUCUCUUAGAUUAGUGGCUUGAGGUAUAGACUUAUUCCCUAUCCAACUUCAUGAUUGUGUGACUGCUGGCUUGGCUGGGAGAUUGGGGCCAAGGAUCCAUGACUGUAUAACCACUUCUAGCAUAGAACCCCGGUAACUUGAACUCUGAAGGAAAACGAAAAACCGUUCGAGUUAGCGAGGGUUUGAGUUAUUGGGGUUGAUUGCAAAAUUCAAUUUGCCUUGUUAAGAAUUGAUAGUUACUGAUUUUUCAGUACUUCAGUUUAUAGUGUAGUGCAAAUUUAACUUAUUUCAUCAGUAACAGUAACAUGAUUAGGCAUUUUCUUAUCAUAAAACGUAAUCUGUUUGUUGCACCAAUUAAAAUCAAAUUACUGUAGUGUUUACCAGUGUUAGUUUUAGUGCUUUUACAUGUACCCUUAUACAGUAAGAAGGACUAAUGGGGUGGCAUCCAAGUGGAGUUACAAGAACCAGAAAUUGAGUUAUCUUGGUAAAUUUUAGUGAAUUUUUGAUGAAGGGAGAGGAAAUUUAGUUCGAGUUAGCAGAGAAUUUGAGUUAUCCGAGUUCAAAAUAACCGAGUAAAAAUGACUGAAAAGUGGGGUGAAAUCCAAGGGAAAUUGGACUUAAUUCGAGUUUUCCAGGAGUUUGAGUUAUCCGAGUUCGAGUUAUCAGGGUUCAACUGUAUUUGGACCUUACAGUUUAUGCACAAUGACAUAUCGUGGCCUUAUUUCCUCAAAAGUGUUUGACCAUGAAUGAGCCCCUACAGAGCCCCUUUAAUGCUUCUAUUGUUAUAAGCAAAAAAAGGCCACUUUGGAGCUGCCAUCUCGGACUUUUUUUUAUUUUCUCCUUUGAGUGUGGAAAGGUUGUCUUCCUGAAUACUUACAGUAACUAUUUAAAAACAGCCGCUAAUUCUAAUGAUCAAUUUCAACAUGAAGAUCUUGAUCUCUUGUGCCUAUCUAUAACAUUUUAAAUGUUUUUUUUUUUUUGGCCUUUUGCUUAUUAAGGUUGUAUCUAGAACUGUGACUGGCAACGCUGGUUUCUCUGAUGUAAAGACACUGACUGUGCAGUGCUGGGACUUCCGAACAAUCCGUUUGAUAUUCAUGAACAAGCCCCAAUAUUUGAGCACCUUUUACAUGCCUCCUGAUCCCAACAGCAUGCAGUCCAGUCCAGAUUCUCUUCUUGCCUCUUUGCAACCAAACAAUCAGGAGUAUCUGAAGCAAGCAAGUCUGCAGUCUGUUGGUUCUGAUGGGGAAGGACUUGAAGGUUGAAUUAAUCAAUUGGUUGAAGAUUUAAGUCUAGACUAGGGAAACCGGGAAUUGCCGCUCAAAAAUAUAAAAAAAUCAAAUUGAUUUUGUUUUGGCUGGACUACGCUAGUGACCUCAGUAGUUUCUGGAAAACAGCUACUCUAGAUUGGGGGAGGAGAACUUGGAGAGUUUAUUCUAGUAUAGGUUGGCAAAAUUCAACUGAACUAGCUCUGGUAUAAACUAAGUGUUCCAUGGUCCCAGUGGCACAUCCACACCCAAAAAUUCCUAAUGUACCUAGCACAUGUACGAAGUCUAGCAUAUGUUGCUGAUGGUUAUAAUACAUGGUGCAGUUGAUAUUGCAGACCCUUAUCAAAAAAUGUAAGUUAUGUUUCAAUGAAUCUCUGUCAAUUACCCUUAAAGUGCUUUCCUUAGUUUGGGGUGGUUAAUCUGUAGUUAGAGGUCAGAAUUUGGGGAUAACCUCUUGUGGAACCUUACAUAAUGGCUGUAGGCAGAGUACAUAUUUAUUGAAUGAUUUCACUUCAUAGGAAAACAACUGCCAAACCAAAACUUAGACGUUCCCCCCACAGAUGACUCAGCAGAAAAUGUCACUCACUCUAUCACACAUUCCAGCAGUCGUAGCAGUUUUCAGAUUUUGUCCCGCAGCAGCAGUAGCAGUAGCAGUGUGGCAGGUGUCAGCUCUCAUGAGUCUGAUGGACCUCUUCUUGUUCCCACCGGUACAUCAGGGGUACUAGGUGCUGGAAUACUGGCAGCAGCUUUCAAUGCUGUUUCUGGCUCGAUAAAUAGUGUUGCUGAGAGACUGAAGGCUGAGCCAAUACCGCCUGCAAUGUAAGCAAUACAUUAUGUAGCAGUAUUGAAUUUUAUGCUCUAAAAAUGAUUCAUCUUACAAAAGGGUUUUGGACUUUUUCCUUUUUUCACAUUUUGUGUAUGAAAUUUGCAGGUAACCAGCAAUACACACUCAUACAUAUGACCUUACUAAGGUUUCUCCCCCACAACCCCCCCUCCCCUGUUCAAAGAUGGCUCUAUAAACUGGGCAAGAUGUGUAAAGUGAGGGUCAUCACUAUCCUGGUGGGGAGGGGGAACAACUUGAAUGGUAAUUUCUGCGCGUGAAAGACAAAGUGUCCCAAACGUUUUGAUCAGGAUUGUAGUGUAGCUCUCUGUACAGGACGAUAAUAGCUGUCACAGAUGAGCUCCCCUAGGUUAUCGUUUCAUGCCCCCUUUAAUUAGUUUAUGUUUAACAUGGCUUAAAGUAUAUUGUUUUCUUGAAUAACUUUGCUACUGAUUUACUUCAAUGCUACUACAUUUCAAAUUUAUGGUAAAUAUUAAGAGUGCAAAUUUAGGCUAUUGAUAUAUUGAUGUAUGUGCGUUAGGGUUGCUGUGCUCCACAAUUUAGUGCAUGGUUUUAAAUUGCACCAAUUUUCUGUACAGAUUGCUAAAAGUACAAGUAAUUGCAUAAGUCUGCACUGUUUGUCUUUUCCUUUAGGUUCCUGAACUAUUACAUCAGUGUAUUUUAUCAGAGAUUAGAAUAUCUUGCUUUGAAUGCUGUGGACAGUCCUCCAUCAGUACAUUAUGUGAAGUGAGUGAAGAAGAACAAUUUCCUAAAGUUCACAAUAUCAGCUAAAACAAGCUUUAGCUAGACAUCAAUGGGAGAUGUUUCUGCAUCUCAUUUGUCUAUUUAACUUUAGAGAGCAGUGUUAAUUGCAUGCCAUGCAUGAGAUCUAUGUAUCCUUUGUAUAGUCAAAAUGAAAUGUUACCUAGUCCAACGUUCCUUUAAGCGAGGGGUGUGGCCGGUGCUUUUAUGCAGUCUCUCCAUGAUAUUGUCGUGCAAUCAUUGACAAUGCACAUGAUUUACAAUGAUCGUUGAAUACAUGUGUAGAAUUGCAAGAAACAUGGAUGCUCCCCCUUUUGACUUCCUCCCCUGUGCUUGUACUCGUUGCAGUUUCUCACAUUCCUCCUGUGUGAUGUUUAGAGUAGAAACGCUGUGAAUUUUAUUGGGAAGUGUUUCUCUUCUAUGCAGGGCUUUUCCGAAGGAUACAGAAUUAAGUGGCUGGAGUGUAUAUGAUUUUCAUGAAGAGUUUGCAAGACAGCAGGUGCUUACACUGUUACCGGUCUUUUCGGUACAAAGUCGUUUCGAUGCAAGUUUAUUCAGUCGAGUUGUAGAUAGUUGCAGGUACUUGACUUAACGAACGAAGAAUAUUCACCCAAAAUGUUUUUCUGGUUUACGCGCAAACUAUAUCUAAAGUGAUCGAAAUUUUUGUGCAAUUUCAUUGCUUGAGUUUGUAUCGAAACGACUUUGUAUCAAAACCACCGGUCACCCUUACGUUUUGUUACUUGUAAGCGUGGACAUAUAGGGAAAAGUCUCUAUCAUAUUGAAAUCCGUCUCAAAAAAUGUUAUUUACUGUUUUCCGUGUGUGUGUUUUGUUUUGUUUUUUUUCUUUGCUUGUUUAUACUGCAGUCUCUGCGAGGAAAGGGUGUCUUUACUGUCCUUUAGAAAGAUUAUGACGGUCCCUUCUGGCCUUUUCUGUCUUUUCCUUGCGCGUUUGCCUCGUUCACUCGCACGUAACAUGCUUGCCCGUGCAGGGUAUAUGUUAACACCUCUGAUGUAAUGCGAGACGUUCUAGAUGAAUGGGGGAAUCACCAUUAAGUAGAAUCGCACGUGACAACAUCGUUAAUAAAGACGAUGCAACCAUCUACAACAAUGAUGAAAAUCGUGACAUUUCUUAGCUAUUCGGUAUUCGACGAGCCACAUUAUUUAAGAAACCAUAAAGAAACCUUAAAGCCUUCGAGUCUUCCCUCUAAACAACGUUUGGUGAUUUGAUAUUCAUAGUACUUUCACAAUUUGUUUAUUUUGCACCAGAUGUCCGUAGGAAAGACAAAGAAAAGUGAAUCUAUAGUAUGAGGAUCGACUCUGCUGUGUGCAGCGUUUCGCGUUUUCAUUAAUGUACAGUAAUACCCAGUUUCACACAAAGAUAGUCUAAAUUUAGGAUUAAAAGAUUCCAUUUCUGGUACAGUUACACUGACGCAUUCAAAAUAGCUCAUGCACGUUAAACGUACCUAUGUUUUUCAAAUAUGGCAUUGAACUGUAAGAAGGACAAUAAAGGUAGCUUUUUACUCACUUUAUACAGUUAAUGUGGUCGUGUGCAUGCGUGAAAUUGUGGCCCUCUUAAAGCUUUGGGGUAGGUUUAGGCCUCCUUUUGUAGAGGUCACUUAUUUAUAUUUGUAUAUUUUUUAGGUAUCUGAUGCCUGGCGUGUGAGCGUUGUCAAUCAGCAGUUCCUGCUUUGUAAUUCGUAUCCUCCCCUGUUUUAUGUGCCUGCAGAAAUACAGGUAAAGUUUAUCUAGUGUUAUGCUUUAAAAGGUGACUCGUGGAUUGCACCGUCAGUGACAAUUGUAAAAUUAGGGAUUAGGGGAGAGGGGUGGGGGUGUAGGAGGGGGAGGAGCUAUUCCUCGCGCUCGGCUGUUAAAGACCACAAAAGCACCCUUGGAAUGAAUGUGGCAUCAAAGUGGCGAAAAGAAUGGAGAUGUGUCCAGUUGAGGUGGCGCCGGAUUUUCCAUCCUGGUCUCGCCUCUUCCAGUAGUCCCUUGCGUCUUCGCCUCUCGCUACGAGCGAUGGCUCCACUUCCAAAAAGCACUCCCUGAGUUCGCCGGCUACGCAGGCUGCGAUGUAAUGUUUGUUGCGUUAAAAGUUGAUGAGGGGUGUUGCUUGUUUUUCCACCCGCGCGAGCACCAUGUCUGUUUUAGGCUGCGGCAACUUGUUGCAAAGCUUCUGCUUUGCGCAAGUGUGCUCAAAAGACAUUGCAAAUUGUCACCCGAAAACUAAACCUUGUCGUUCGAGAAGUUGCUCGUGUGGGUGGUAAAUUGGGCAACAUCAAUCUUUAACAGUUUCGAGCUAAAAGUUGCACGAAUUUGUUGUGUUAUCGCUGGGUAAGGGUUUAGUUACAGUAAUACGGGCAACAAACUCGUGCAACGUUUUGCACAACAUUGUUGUUUUACAAGUGGCAUAGUAAUGUUGCUUGUUUUACCAUUCGCGCGCUCAUCAUGUUGCGCAACAGUGUUGUGCCAGCAACUUGUUGCUCAACAAUUUGUGCAACUUAUAACAACGAAAUAUUCUACGGUCGGGCGACAAAUUGCUCGCGCGACUGUUGAAACGAGCAGGAUUGCAAUGUGGCACAAAAAGCCGUUGCAUGAAUUUGCUGCCCGUGUAAUCCGUUGCGUCCAAACAGCUUACUGUUUAUUUGAUUUUCUUCCGCUCGGGGUGUCAAGAAUUGUUAUAUUUUAGUGCUGCUUGAGGUACAUGAAGCACAUGUCUCAGCUUGUACUCUUCUUACAGUAUUUUUAUUGUUAUUAUUUACAGGACUCAACAUUAAGAUGCUCUGCUUCAUUUCGAAGCAAGGUAUUUUCAAUUGUUUGUGUUUGAAUGUUUUUUUUGAAGAAUUUCGAGUUUUAACUUUCUACAGCCGGCAAGUGCGCUUAUUUGCCAGUAAAUCACGAACUAGAAGUCUGUAACCCACGUGCGAAUCCUUACUGAUCUCCAAACAUUUCCUUUAAGAAUUAGAUGAGAGAAUUUAAUUAAAGAUCAAAGCAUUUUCUCUUUGGUGGUCACUUAAUUCUCACUUGAUGUUGUAUUGGUAUUGUUAGGAGAGAAUUCAUGUCAGUCACUGGGGAAUUAAAGGGUUACUAUUCAAACUGAAAAAGCGACGAUUAUUUACUGAAGAGAAUAGCACCUUGUGAAAUUAAAAGCCCCUUAUAUGUGGAACUAGCCAAGUAAAAAAUCGAAAGAGGCUUUUAAAGGAAACAUGGUACAUGUACAAGUUGAAUUUAGAGUUUAGAUAAAAUUUCUGUGUUGAGCUCAUCAAAUGGUCUCGGAGGGGGAAAGAGUCAUCCACACCUGAAAAUCGUGUAUUAUAGGUCAUUUGCACCCUCCAAUCAUCAAGUGUGAACAGCGUGAAUCGAGUGCGUACUUACUUCGAUGGAGUCAACUGUAAAGCUCGGUCAUGUUGUUUGUCAGUCCAAUUAUUCCGUGUGUCUGUUUUAACAGGGCCGUCUUCCCGUCCUUUGCUGGUACAAUGCUAAAAAAGGAAACUUUAUUAUGAGGUGUGCACAGCCAAAAACUGGUCCAGCGUUUAAGGUAAAUUGGGACGCAAUACAAUUACAAAAUUCCCCAUAUAGACUGAUGUCCUAAGGCACUGUCAAAUGUUUACUUUAAGAGCUAUAGACUCACUCUCCACCACAACUCGCGGGAAAUACCUUCAGGCAGCUUUGAAUAGACCCCAAGGACCCCACCCCCCGGUGAAAUCCAUUUGUGUCGGGACGAGGAAGGGGGAGGACCUGGUGAGGAAUAUCAACAAUGUAGGAUGUGGUACAAGAACCGGAAAGAACUUUGAAAGCGAGAGUUAGCAAACUUCCUUGUGUCAAAUGAUCCUCACCUCGCAGAAAUCCUUACUUGGGGAACCAGUUUUUCACAUCAAAUGUGAAGGGGAAGGACAUGGCGAGGAAUAUUAAGACUGAGUGCAGUACAGAGUACAUUGGAGAAGUGGAAAGAGCGUUGACAGCGAGAGUUAGCGAACUUCCUGGGUUCCGAAGAUCCUCACCCUCGGUCUCAAAAUAUCUUUUGUGGGUCAUACGUUCCUCAUAAAAAGCGUCAAAAUCCUGGAUAGAGAACAGAACUGGAUCAAAUAUAGUGGGAAAGAAACCGUCAAAUAUUUUGACAUUAGAUAGUUUCUCAAAAAUUUUGACAUUUUUUUCAAGAUCCAGGGUGUGGGACACCCCCCCCCUUUUUUAUCUCAGGGUCGAAGGGGAUGAACGCCGCCCCCCCCCCCCCCCAUCUGAGAGAGAUUAAGAUUCCCGUUUACUGCAAACGGCAAACGUCAGACUCAAGUUGAGAAUUUCUCAGAAUAGAAAAUAAGCAGAUAAAAACAGUCCCGAACGAUUCCUGUGGUUAAAACUGGCAUAAAACUACUUAUUUUUGUGUACAAGCAACAACGAUUAACCGGAAAAUAAGGGAAAAUCUUGGUCACGUGGUACAAAUUCACGUCUGCCGUUUGACGUAAAAGUGAAUCCUAAUCUCUCUAUUACUUUGGUUUUGAUUAACGGUUUGCUUUGCCACCUUUCACCCCUGUAUCUGUUCAGAAUUCUAUUGACGAUGAGCUUGUCAUAAGUAAGGCAAGAAGAUGUAACAAAUACACGGACAAGCUUGUUAUAUUUGAUGCGCGGUCGAUGUUCGCUGCCGGCGGAAAUAUGUUAAAGGUUUGUUGCUCACUUACUUAUGCAGUCUCCUCUUUAUUUUGAAACUAAAAAUGACGUUCCUCAAGAGAUAGAGUCUGCAUUCCAUAUCUCAGAAGGCGGUCGAACACCUCGUGAGGUUUAGAUAAAGUAUUUGUCAUCGCUUUUUAAGUAGAAGAAAAGCUUCUUCAGACGUUCUUUUCGCUACUCUAUAAGCUGCGUACUUAACUGUGAUGGUCUUCUCUGCAUUUAUCUUAAAAGCCUUUUUAGGUGCAGUUUAGGAAUAGGAAACCCAAUUUAGUAGGAAAAGAACUCAACAAAUGGAGCUUCGAUUAUGUUUUUCACCGAUUUCGGCCACGUAUACACGGCAGGGGACGAAUUUUCGACCGGCUGAAAAAUUUGACUGGAGACUUAGUUCACACAAAACCGUUAAUAUUCUCGCUCUGUUCACACGCAACUUUGAACGUCUAGACGUCUCUAGGCGUCUAAAUUUCCGUACGGUUAAGGGUCGUAAUCUCUCUUGGUGAACGGAACACCUAAACGCAAGAAUUAGACCAGUCUAUCAACCGGUCGAAAAUUCGUCCGCGCGAUACCGUGUGAUGGUAUCCUUAUAGUGAUUAGGGUAGGCACUGAUUUAGAAUGGCUAGCUUUAAUUUAUUGUUUUGGAAACUCCGUGGAAAUGCCAUAAGAUAGAGAAGAAAGGAAGCCAAAAAUUGCAGUUUAGUCAGAAAAGAAGUGAGAAAAGAGAGCUGCAAUUAUGUUUUCUAAAACUUUAACGUAAGGUUUCCUCAGAGUGUAGGGUUUACGAGGUGUCCGACCCCCUACUGAGCUAUGAAAUAUAGACUUUACUAGCACAGAAAAUUCCAGCCUUAAUACCAAGUGAUAGAAGGUAGAUAGACGUAAGGGCUCAGCCGUGACUAUGCGCAUUCGAAACGCUUCCAGUCCCCGGGUUUCUCUCACCUUGUGUCUCCAGUUAAUAAGUUGUAUUUUUUUUGUAUUGCAGGGGAAGGGAACAGAAGACACUAUAAACCGUUAUCAAGGUUGCCAGUUGUUAUUCCUUGAUAUUCCUAAUAUUCAUGCUGUACGCGAUAGUUUGUACAGGCUGCAGGGAGUGUGUGAGUCCUCAGCACAGAAAAAAUGGCUGUCGCACUUGGAGUCCACUCAAUGGCUUGCAUACAUCACUUCUAUACUCAAGGUAAAUAACGUAAUAAAGCAGACGAUCAUUAUCCGAGUACCUGUGUUAGAGACCACUUUUGCAAACAAACCAAAACGUUAUGAUUAGUCAUUAAGAGUAGUGAUGACAGUGACAUCUCUCUUAUAAACGGACACCUUUAAGACAGACAGCUCGCUAAAACCACCUAGAUUAGGUGCCUGCCUUUCUUUACUCCCUUCAUUUGACUCUUAAUAAGAUGGACACAUUGUGUCGAUCACAAAGGUGUGCCUUUUAAAUAGAGAGAGUUGACUGAAAUCUAUCCACCCCUAGUAAAUUGAAGGCGGUAUUUUACUUACACAGCUUCAUGUAGAUAAAUUCAUUGUGGUUGUAUUUCGUACUUGUGUCUUAGGGAGCUGUAACAAUUGCCAGAUUUGUCGAUAAAGGUGCCGCUGCCCUCGUGCAUUGCAGUGACGGAUGGGAUCGUACGUCACAACUGACGUCACUUGCUCAACUGCUUUUGGACCCGUACUACCGGACAAUUACUGGAUUGCAGGUAGAGUGCAGUCACAAACAUAAGUACCUAAGGGGGUGUUUAAACGAUACCGGAAUGACUUUCAUUACGGAGGGAGUUUCGUUCCAGUGUGAAGUUCGUAUUGCAUUCACGUAAUAAAAUUGUCCUGCUCAGCCUAAGGCGUUCUCGCCCGUGUGGUUUUCGCGCCAGGUCAGAUACGCAUGCGUCACUCGCCUUAAACUAUACGAAUCUCGAUCCCAGAGCUCUUCUGUACAUGUCGGCCAGUGAGAAGCGGAGUCAGAAGCGUAAGCACUGGGGUUGAGAAUGCAGACUGCACGAUUUGCCAGUUUCAGUCCGGAACGAAGAUCCCCAGUUUCAGUUUACAUGAUACCAGAAUUAAAUUUCGUACCAGAACGAGGAUUUCAGUCGGAUUGAAAAUCAGAACGAGCUCAAUCCGGAAUGACUUGUUCGGGGACGAAAUUUCGUUUCGGUAAAAUACAGAGGAAUAUAUGGAGAUGAAAUGAACUCGUUCCAGAAUGAAAGUCCUUCCCGUAUCAUUUGAAUAGCCCCUAACCCACAUUGACAAUCUUUAUGCGGGUACUAGGUCGCAUUUAAGCCACGUGAAACCAAACUACUCCGUGGCGUAAAUGACCGCGAGAUUUCAAGGAAAACCUGAUUCGAGAGAGACUUUGUAGAGUACAGUUUAUUCUCUAAGGGAACAACGCGAUAGCGUUUUUCGAGAAUUCGUACGUGCGCGUUUCCUGUUUGAGAAACCGGCCGUGCAAUUUCCAAUCAGAGAGCUCCUAUAGUUCGAGUCUUCAGCUGCUCUGCAAGCUUCUCUUCCUGUGAAGCAUUGGAUUAAUUUGCUGUCGUUAUUGCCGUUGUCAGGUUUUGAUAGAAAAAGAGUGGAUAUCCUUUGGUCACCGAUUCCGUGACAGACUUGGUCAUCUAUCGUGCCCUAGCCAGCGGUCUCCCGUAUUCUUGCAGUUCUUGGACUGUGUGUGGCAGGUUAGUUUGUUUGUGUUUGUAAAUCUCUCUUAUCCUUUAUGACUUCUAUAUAACCUUUUUGUUUGUUUUAAUUUGUUUAUGUCGUUGCGUGUCCUCUGCGCUUUUUACCAGCACUGCCAUGGACAUGUUUUCCCGCGUUUUUCAUUCUAUGCCUAUCAUUGAUUUGUUCUUGCUACCAGCAUGGAUGACGCGUGGAUAGUAACCAUGUUUACCCGGCAGCUACAUUUUUCCCGCUCUUUCCAUCUGCAACCAGUUGUUUCCAGCGACAUGUUUUCCCGCCCUUUUUAUCCUUUGUCAUCAUUGGCUUGUUUUUGUUACCAGCAUGGAUCACGCAUGGAUAGUAACCAUGUUACCCGGCUGCGACAUUUUUCCCGCUCUUUCCAUCUGCAGCCACUAGUUACCAGCUACAUAUUUCCUCGUUCUUGUUACCAACAUGGGUAGUAUCCAUGUUGCCAGCCACAUGUCUUCCCGCGUAUUUCUUUUGUUGAGUGUUCUCUGUUUUUUUACCUUUCUCCCUCGAGUUCUGAUUGUUUUAGAGAAUUUUUUAUCGUUUCGUUUGUUUUUGACCGACCAGUUUUUAAUUCAAUUUUUAUCGUCUUACAGAUUUUACAGCAGUUUCCAACCGCCUUUGAAUUUAUUCCAAUGUAUUUAGUUAGGAUAGCAGAGCAUGUUAACUCUCAAUGGUAGGUGAAUGUUUUGUAAACAUCGUUCACAAUGCCGGUUUUACUGAUGAUUUCGUUUGGUUUUACAAUCCUCGCAUUCUUAUCGAAAUGACACAGUUUUGAACACAGUGUUUGCUUGGGUUGUUUUUGAUACACCGUAGGGCUGGAAAAAUUGCCCAAAGCGGAAAAUACCAUUACAUUCUUUAACUUCCCGUUUGGGUGGUGCUUCAUGUAAACCCGACUUUUGCAAUAUCUUUUGUUCUUUGCAUGAUUUGCGUGUGCAACGUGUGCAAUGCAUCCGCAAUGCAUUCAACCAGCAUGCCAAAAAUCAGAGAUAUUGCAAAAGUUAGGUUUACAUGAGGCAGUACCCAAACAGUAGUUUAAAGAACAUUAUGGUGUUCAGUUUACCGCUUUGGCUAAUUGACUCGGGGUGGUUUUCUUAUCAUCGCAGCAAUUUAAGAAAGUGCAUCAACAUAGACUCAUUUCGAGUGUAAGAUUGGACGUUUGGUUUUAAAUAUUGUCAUUUUUUAAAAUUACAUUGCUCUUCAGCUACAUCACAGUGAUGUGUGUGCAGCAAAGUGUCUUUCUUUUACAGGUUUGGAAAUUUCCUGUGUAAUAACAUACAUGAUCGACAGAAGCUUUCAGUUCCCACUGUCACAAUAUCACUGUGGGCUCACUUAAAAGCUGAUGAAGAAAGCUUCCGUAAUCCAACCUACAAGAAAUACACCGAGGUUUGAUGGAUUUUAUUGUUAAAUUCGACCAGAAAUACAAAGUAACCCUAGCUUUUGUAUAGUCGGCUUGUUCCUUUUCAAAGAGUAUAUAUGAGACCUGUGAGGCAGUGCAAAAAUUACAAAAAUAAGUGUCAAACGUAACGGGGAUCUUGGGGGAUAGAGAAGGGGGAAAGUAAGGGCUGGUUCACACGAGCGACACGAGCGCCGUUGCAAACGCAACCACACGCACGCAGCUUUUAUAGUUAGCAUCGCUUUUUCCAGGCGUUCACAUAUUGGAGCGUGGCGCGAAGUCAGAGAGCGGGAGAAAAGGGGGGAGGUAGAGAGGGACAGGGGCAGAGGGGGGGGGACCUUCGCUCUCUCACCCUACCCCAUCCCCUCCCUGCUUUUCUGCUCACAUCUGUUUGCACCAUCCCCACAAUCUGAACUUGGACUGUCUUUUAUCCCAACAUUGGGGUCGAACAUUUGUGUUUUAGUUUGCGUUGUCCUAGUUCAUGAGAAAUGCACAGGCAAGCGUUAACGCCAUCUUAAUAAAAGGAAAAGUUUCCAUUUGUUGCUUUGACGCUUGCAGUAAGGUAGUUCACACGCGUUUUCUUGUUCUUGAGCUUUCGCUUGCCUUUGCGUCGCUCUUGUGAACCAUCCCUAAACACCUGCCGACAAGUCCAGGAAUUUUUCAGGACGCCCGCAAAAUUGUCGCACGAGGAACUUGUGGAAAAUGUGUUUGGCAAACAGAUUCAGACAUUUACGUCAUCUUGUGCAUUGCUGUUUGUAUUUCCCGCUUCUCUUUUCGCUCCCUUUCGCUCCCCAUGCUCCCUCCACCCGGAAAAAGACUGCUCCGCUGGCCACAGUAACCACCACUUGGGGCUCGUUUCUCGAAAGUCCCGAUGACAAACGGUCCCGGAGAGCUGUUGUUGUUUACAUUCAAGAUCGAGGUAUCAAUAGUUUUGCAAAUAAUAUGAUAAAACUUUCAGCUAGGACCCGCCUUUUUGAUUUGAAUACAUGUAUUUGAUUUCGGGCCCGAAAAGUUAGCGAGACUUUCGAGAAACGGUUCCCAUAUCUUUUUCAUGCAUUACAUGUGUUUUCAGACAUUAUUUCCUGUUUCAAAUCCAAGAAGACUUCAAUUGUGGGUUGAUUACUUCUUACGUUACGACGAGACCGCUUGGUCAACACAAGAUCCCGCUAUUCAGGAUGAAGAUGGCGACAAUGAAGUAAGACAAGUCAAAAUCCUUUCCUACAACUUGUUCAUGGUGGAAAAAACGACGUUUAACAUACUUGUUGAAAAAAACUCUGUGAAAUAAUCUGUUGACCAACUUUUUUUGAUAUACGGUAUGAUAGACAUACUGGAGCCAUUUAUACGAGGAAAAAUAAGACGCGUCUUAAAUAAGACGCGAACUUUCCGUAUAAACGGCACAUUUCGUCUAAAGUAAGACGCGGCUUAGCUAAGACACGUCUUAUUAGAUAAGACAUGCUCGUAUAAAUGGUACAGUUCGCGUCUUAUGUACGACGCGUCUUAUUUUUCCUCGUAUAAAUGGCCCUACUGUACCAUACCACGAUAUGUUGAGCCAAGGUAAAUCGGGCAACAAAACUGUGCAACUUGUUUUGCAACAUUGCUGCAAAACUAGUUGAAAAGCAAUGUUGCUCGUUUUACUAGCCUCCUUCAAACCUAUCUUUCAACAAAUCGGGUUGUUACAGGUUGCGAAAAUUUGUUGAAGAAAGUCAGUAGAGAUUAGUUCUACUUUAUUGCAACAAAAUCUGUUCGUGCUGCGCGUUUUACCGACUCAAGGCAAACCUGUUUUGCAGGAAGUAACGUAACUCCCGAGUAUGGCAUAACUCCCGCGUAAUUUUAUCCAAUCAAAAGUCAGUAUUCACGCAACUUGCAACAACCUGAUUUGCUGCAAGACAGGUUUGAUUCCUGAGUGGUAAAACGCGCAACAUCGCUAUUCAACUCGUUUUGCAGAUAUGUUGCUGAAUAACUUGCACGUUUUUGUCGCCCGUUUUACCGUAGACAUGCCAUACCGCGGAACAUAGAGUGUUUUCAUUGUGGUGUUACGAUUACUUAGCUCACUCACAAUGGCCGCAUUAGGAUGACAGCAUUGCCGGUUAUUUUACAGAACAUCGGCGGAGUGACCCACAUUCUAAAGAGAAAUUGCAAAAAUAGAAGUGGGUUUGGUGUCCAACUAAAAACGCCUAUGACGCACCCUUAGUCCUGUGCCCGGUUCCUCGAAAGGUGGUUAAGUUUAACCCAGGAUUAAGCCAAAUUUUAAGCAAGGUUUUCUUGUAUAAGAACAUGUAACUCGAGCUUACAGUGAUGAUAACAAAGAAUUUUACUCUAGGUAAUGCAUAGGAAGGUAAAUGCAAAAAUGGAACAAAAUUUUUAAUCCUGGAUUAGCGCUAAUCGGCCUUUCGGGAACCAGGGCCUGAUGGUUAUUCUCGCAAUGUUUAGCAUGAAACAAUUCGCGUCCACAGUUUGAUUAUCCACCGAGUUACUGCAUUGCGGCAUUUCCCAAUCGAGCCCCUCUUGACUGGUAAAUGAUCCUAGCCUUACCCCUUGAAUAAAGCAGGUGUGAGGAUUAGGGAGCAAGGGUGGGGCAGUGGUGAGAGCACUCGCCUCCCACCAAUGAGGUUUUUUCUCCCGGUACUCCGUUUUUCCUCUCUCCUAAGAAACCAACACUUCCAAAUUCGUCACGCAAUCCUCCCCCAACGAACGUGGGGCAGGAACGAGUGAUGAAACCCCAAGAACGUCUGCGAGGGAGACUAGGAACGCACGGACACACGUUUCUGGGAACUCCUAAGUGCUUCUUGGGUUAACAAAUAGCAAAAAAACAACAACAGGAACAAAAAGAUUUUAUGAUAGAAUAAUUCCUUUUUUGUUAGCCAAUAAAAACAUGUACUGUUGCUGCUUGUUAAUUUCAGCCGGUUGUCAGUAAGCCACUGGAUUCAGUUAUUUGGGUUCCGGAUGACCGAGCCCGAGAAUGUGCCGACUGCAAGCAACGAUUCACUCAGUUUAGGAGAAAGGUAUUAUUUCAAAGAUUUUUUUUUCUGUGAAUGGUUUGAUUCUCUACACCACUCAAGUAUUUGGUUGUGGCUUGUUAACGCCUCCCACUAACUGGUUUUCUUUUUUCUGUUUUCACUAUGAAUUGCCUCUAAUCAGCACCACUGCAGGUUAGUCAUCGUUCCUACACAUGAAGAUAUGUACCAUGUAUCUAGAAUUAGUCCAAAGUUACCCUUAAGUUACUACAACCCUGUCAGUGCGUAUCCCUACCGUUACACUUGUUUACAAACUCAUUCAGACCCAGGGCCCGGUUGCGUAAAGCAUUAAGAUUAAGGGCCUGUUUACCUGGAGGUGGGGGACCCCAGGUAGGUGAAGUAACCCGCUUAGGUGAGGUAUCCCACCUGUCCAUAUAAUCUCUCAUUUUAAUUUGAUCACGUUUACAUGUUAGGUGAGGUGACCCGCCAUAUGUAACCUCACCUGUCUGGGGUCCCCCACCUCCAUGUAAACAGGCCCUUAUUGUGAUUAUUCUGCACCCGUCCCCCGAAGUCCGAAAGAUUUUCUCGUGUUUUCAUUGUGUUUCCUAUACUCGUUCAUCUACCGGGUCAAAAUUCUUCGAAAUAACGGGAAUGUUCCCAGAAAAUUCGUACUCAAUCUUAAUUUGCUUUAUAAGAAGCUGGGCCGAGAGGGUCGCUCGCCUGUUGCUAAGUUGCUCACGCCAGUGAUCACGACGUCCAGUGACGACAUAGGUCACUUGUGAAAGGGGCGUUUGAAAUGUUAGCCAGUGAAGCGUAAUAGACCUUCUUAGGCUUGUAUGUUUUGUUUUCCCAAUUCAGACCACUUGAUUUUCUCUAGGGAAUUUGCCUUUUGUCUUUUCAUAAAUUAUGCAUACAUAUGCUCGUGGAUGCGCCUGCAUAGGACAAAAUUUGAAAGAAACAGUUCUCUGGGGUAACAUCAUGUAGUCUCAAAUGGGAAAACAAAGCGGCAUACAAGUUAAAAAGGUCUAUUAUCUUACGCCUUAAGUAGCUGCUCUCAUCCGGAGUUCUGUCCAGUCUAUCCUGCGUAGCUGACGGGAUUGCUUUACGGCUGCGGGGUCUUGACUCAUCCCGCAGCUCCACCCCGAAGACAAAAGUUCCCAGCGCGUGUAAAUCCCUAGCCUGCGAAUACUGCAGUCUAUCCUCGGUCCUAUUUGCUAGAGCUGUAGCAGCGAGGAGUGUGGACAGAGGGCUGUAUUCUCAAGUUCGGAAGUCCCGCCAGCAACGAAGGUUAGCCAAAUCAAACUCACUCUCCUAACGUCUCACGUUAGUACCUAUAACUCCUAACGUAACUUAAGUACAACUUGGUUUCUUGACACUGCAUGAAAGAGAACUGUGUUGGCUGUCAUUGUUAAAGGGACCUUAAGCAACGCGAAUGUUGACGUCGCGGUCGUAAAAAAUGGCAACCGGAAGUUUAUGUUUCCUCUCUUUCAAUGCUCUGACUUGACAAAUUCGAACAGCGAGAGUUAAAACAAAGGCAUCCAGAUUCAUUGUGUGAGACAGAAUCGUUCCAUCACACGAGACAUCUAACUUCCCGUUGCUAUUCAUGACAUGCGGGACGUCAGCAUUGUGCCGGGCAAUAUAAGGUGUUGCGAGUAGGGGUCGAUCCAGCGACCCUCGUUAACUCUGCUACACCGCCCCGCUAUCAGCUGUAUGGGCUAAUACGAGAUAUGUUUUAUAUUUGUAGAGCGUGUGGACAAGUAUUCUGUAGAGAUUGUACAAAGCAGAAGAUCCCUCUGCCCCAGUUUGGUUACAUGAACCCUGAAAGAGUUUGCGAAAACUGUUAUCAACGAAACACUAUCAGACAAGCCGAUGAAGAGGUUGGUUUAUGUCUGUGUUUCUCAGUAAGACCUGGCACUCUUUUGUUUAAUUUCUGGUCUCUGUUUCAUUUCAUUGUGUUUUUGCGCUGCCACGUAGCUAGACCACUUCUACCACCUGCAUUCCACGUGACUGUUUAAUCUCCCUUGCUUGUUUUCUUGCGUUUACAAACUUGUUUACUUGUGCUUACGGUAGGCCAUUUCUGAGUAGCCCCGAGCCUCUGUUUCAAAGCGAGGCUAAGUGCCAAACCAUUGAUAUGAAAACGAUUUUUUAAUCUCAUGCAGCUGAAACUCAUUUUCACAAGAAAGGUUUUGCACUUAGCCUCGUUUCGGAAGUGAACGUUUUUUCCUGCUUAAAAGGUUUCGUUCUCCUGAUUUGUCGCAGGAUGAAGACGAAUUUGAAGUUAUAACCCUUCCAAAUUUACCGGGUUGAUGUUGAAACAGGACUAGAAGGCGGUUUAGUGACAGCUCUUGGAAAAAGAAGUCAAGUGUGUAUGUCCUGCGGGCGAAACUGAUAGCAACUGCGUGGAUAAGCUAUCGCGAAGUUCAAGCACUUGUUGCAUCCUUCUCUGAGAAAAUCAGUCUUCCAGACUGAACGAAGGUUGAUCACAUUCUAGGACUUCUGCAAUGAGUAAAGGACGCGAAAGUGAGACUAAAAAAUGCUGAAAUGUUUUAAAUUAUCUUGGAAGAGAAAUCUCCUUGACGUUGGUACAAAUAGCUACAUGUAAAUUACUAAACAAUAUAAAAUAUCUACAUAUUUUUAAUGGUGGUAUCUGGAUAGAGUAUAUAUGACCAUAUAUAGUUGUUAAUAUUCGCGUUGGUAACUGUUUAAAAAACCAAUUGUAAAAAUAUUUCUCAUAUAAUUGAUUGCUAGGGUAAUAUUAGAAUUAGGAUUUUAUUUGAGAUUGAAAUUUGUUAAACCAUUAUAAGUUUGUGAACAUUUCUAUACGUUUUCUGUUGAUGUAUAUUGCGUUUACAUGUUGCAAUAUCUUUAUACUACAUUUACACCCUUUUACAUUAUUUUUAGUAUUGCGUGCGAAUAUCCAAUCGUAAAGGUCUCUAAAUCACCUAAUGAAAUGUUUUUAAUUUAGGCUGUCUUGAGGAAGUGAAAUGGAGGCUUGUUGUAAAUCAAACUUUUGGGGCUUUAGUUUUGUUGUUGUUUGUUUGUUUGUUUGUUUGUUUUUAGCGUUGACUCUCCUUUACUGAAUGCCUCACAGCUGUUCAGCCCGCCACUGGAAGUGCACAUUCUCUAGUCUAAUGUGGCCGACCCUUAGAGUACAUGUUAAUGACGUUGUGCCAACUUCAUCCCUAAAGGCAGACCCCAAAACUAGCCUGUGUACAGGCUACCCAAAACAGAGCGUUGCGCAAAUUUCACCAAACGCACCGCUAAAAAGCGCUUUAUCAUUCCAAAACUAUGCGGUUUAUUGGCUAGAAUGUCUUGCAAACGAAGGAAAGACGAAGAAGUAACUAGUGGUUCUCGAUAUAACAUGAAAGAUGACUCUUUUUCAGAAGCUCACUUUUCGUGACUCUCCUAUCGAGGAAGUAUCGAUUUAUGGGGAAUUUUCCUUUAGUUGUAGUGUUACGGGAUAAACUACUGUACAACAUUUUCAGACGUUUCAGACGUUGAGCUAAAGCUGGUAACCCUGUGGACUGUGCGCGAAAACCCUUCAAGCCCCGAUAUCCGCACACAAAUUCUACAGACUGAUCUUCAUAUAUUUCCUUAAGAAUUAGUGAAGAGAAUUUGUUUAAAGAUCAAGGUAUUUUCCUGACGGUGAUCAUUUUAUUAAUUCUUAUAACCUUUUGUCUUAAUGAUGUACUAAUAUUGUUAGGUGAAAAUUGAUGUUGGUCACAAUUGGAACGUGAAGAGAACUACAAUUUAACUUUGUGGACUCUGGAGAAAAUUCUGUGGUGUGACCACUCUGCCAAAGUUACUUUUGACAUCUCUUGCUUGGGACUAUGUGUUUUUCAGUAUUUUAUGAAAGGAAAUAUUUUUUUCUCUUUAAUUUUGAUUUUUGAAGUGACUCUUGUGAUUAUAUCUGAAGAAGGUUGCCGUAUUUAGUUUUUGAAAUAAAGACUUUCAAUACCACAUGAAGUCAAAUAAUCUUUUACGGAGUAAAACCUCGGAACAUUAAUCAACCUUCAUUAAGAAAAAUAAAUACACAGUUCUACUUUUUUUUCUGUAAAUGUCCAUGUACUGGAUAUAUUGUUAUAUGAAGUUCAUUGCAUCUGAA